UAACAACGGCCGCCAUAUUUGAAUUUAGUAAAAGAAGAUAACUGCAUUAAUUUGAAGUUUGGAGCAUUUUUUAUCAAAUAGCACUAAAUAGGUGUUUUAGAAAUUGAUGCAGUAGUGAUGGCAUCAAGUUUGGAAGAUCCAACGCUCGAAAGGCACUUUAAAGGCCACAGAGACACGGUGACAAGCGUGGAUUUUAAUCCGAACAUGAAACAGCUGGUUACUGGUUCUAUGGAUUCAAGUCUAAUGAUCUGGCAUUUCAAACCUCAUAUGCGAGCAUACAGAUUUGUCGGACAUAAGGAUGCGGUACUUUCGGUAAAGUUUUCUCCAUCAGGGCAUCUGAUUGCAUCAGCAUCCAGGGACAAAACUGUGAGACUUUGGGUUCCUAGUGUAAAAGGAGAAAGCACAGUGUUUAAAGCUCAUACAGCAACGGUAAGGAGUGUGGAUUUUUCUGGUGAUGGACAAUCUCUUCUCACGGCAUCAGAUGAUAAAACAGUCAAGGUGUGGACUGUUCAUCGUCAAAAGUUUCAAUUUUCUCUCAAUGCUCACAUGAACUGGGUUAGAUGUGCAAGGUUUUCUCCUGAUGGGCGAAUGAUUGUAUCAGCAAGUGAUGACAAGACGAUUAAGAUAUGGGACAGAACAAGCAAAGAAUGUGUUCAUACAUUUUAUGAUCCAGGAGGAUAUGUAAACUCAGUAGAAUUUCACCCAAAUGGCACUUGCAUAGCAGCAGGUGGAACAGACAGUACUGUUAAGGUGUGGGACAUAAGGAUGAACAAGUUACUUCAGCAUUAUCAAGCACAUACAAAUGCUGUGAAUGCUGUUUCAUUUCAUCCAUCUGGAAAUUAUCUUGUAUCAGCUUCAAGUGAUACAACACUUAAGAUAUUAGAUUUGAUGGAAGGAAGACUGUUUUACACACUCCAUGGACAUCAGGGACCAGCGACAUGUGUAAUUUUCUCACAAAAUGGUGAAUAUUUUGCAUCAGGAAGUUCAGAUGAGCAGGUAAUGGUGUGGAAGACAAACUUUGAUAAAGUUGAUUAUGAUGAAGUGCUACGUUCCCACAGAAAAAGAGCAGCAUCUCCAUCUGUACCCACACCACAUACUCAUGAUCCCCCUCCAAGGAUUCCAUCCAAGGAAGCUGCACCGGAGGUCAGAGCUGGAGCAGAGCCCAGGAAUCUCGCUGUUGGUGACCCAGAAGUGGUUGAAGUGGGACCCGCCAUGUUUUCAAUUCCUCAGAGACAGAGCAAAUUAGAUGAAGUAACAGGGAGGACUGGGGAGGCUGAUGGUUUGGGAGGCAUUCCAGCUACACAGCCUCCCCUCACCACACCCCUAGAAAGAAGAGAUAUUCCUCCACAACUGAGCAUGACACUGGAGCACAUUGUGGGACAGCUGGAUGUGCUAACACAGACGGUUUCAAUUUUGGAACAAAGGCUAACGAUGACUGAGAAUAAACUACGAGAAUGCCUGGAUAACCAACAGAAAAUCACUUUACAGAUCAGACCUAACGAGUAGCGCAAUACAGCAACAGAAUCUAGAGACCUAAUCAUUAGACAUGUUCAGAAUUAUUUUAAGACUAGUCUUUAUAUGAUAAUAUUGUAAACUAUGAAAGAAAUUUUCAAUUGAGUGUCGAAAGUGGUCAUGGAUAUAGUCGUGGGCAUUGGUUUAACUUGACUGUAGUCUGUUAUUGGUUUAGAAAGCCUAUGCUGUCCUCUUGACCAAUCAGGCACGAGCCUAAACAAGAUCAAGUGUUGGAGUUGGGCCAUUUGUA